ACGUUCGGGCGUUGAUACGGAAGUGAGUCCCUUUCCUGCGCGUCGCCUGCGUCUGAACUGGCGUGCACCUGUAGUGCGAUCUGAUUGGCUGAAGGUAGCGAGAGCAGGCCUAUCAGGAGGAGUCAGGGGCGGGCUCGCACUUCCCAUUGGUCUGAGGGCGCUUCACUCAGGCCGGGAGGCGGGCGGAAGCGGAAGGAAGCCGUGUGGCUACCCAGGCAGGAUGGAGGCGGCCGCGGAGCCCGGAAACCUGGCCGGCGUCCGACACAUCAUCCUCGUCCUCUCAGGAAAGGGGGGCGUCGGGAAAAGCACCAUCUCCACGGAGCUGGCCCUGGCCCUGCGCCAUGCGGGCAAGAAGGUGGGAAUCCUCGACGUGGACCUGUGCGGCCCCAGCAUCCCCCACAUGCUCAAGGUGCAGGGCCAGGCUGUGCAUCAGUGUGACGGAGGUUGGGUCCCAGUUUUCGUGGACCAGGCGCAGAGCAUCUCUCUCAUGUCCGUGGGCUUCCUGCUGGAGAAGCCAGAUGAGGCUGUGGUGUGGAGGGGCCCCAAGAAGAACGCACUGAUAAAGCAGUUUGUGUCUGAUGUGGCCUGGGGGCAGCUGGACUACCUGGUUGUGGACACGCCCCCAGGGACCUCUGAUGAGCAUAUGGCCGCCGUGGAUGCCCUGCGCCCCUACAGCCCCCUGGGGGCCCUCGUGGUCACCACACCCCAGGCAGUGUCCGUGGGGGAUGUGAGGCGGGAGCUGACCUUCUGUAGGAAGGUGGGGUUGCGGGUGAUUGGGAUCGUGGAGAACAUGAGCGGUUUCGUCUGCCCGCACUGCGCGGAAUGCACCAACGUCUUCUCCAGGGGAGGUGGCGAGGAGCUGGCCAGACACGCCGGAGUCCCCUUCCUGGGCUCUGUGCCCCUGGACCCCGAGCUCACAAGGAGCCUGGAGGAAGGCCGGGACUUCAUCCAGGAGUUCCCCUCCAGCCCUGCGUUUCCCGCGCUCUCCUCCAUAGCCGAGAAGAUUCUAAAUGAGACACCCAUUUGACUGUCCUGACCAAGGUGGCCUUGAGCAUCUCCCCUCUGUGGCCGUGGGGCUCCUGCUCACCUACUAGAGCAGAGGCACUGGGCAAGGUUCCUGGAACCUGCAGGCUGGGCUGCGCAGCACCAAGUGUUCCUCUCUGCAGGCCCUGUCGGUGCUUCAGCGGCAUCUCGGUGUCAGAGCCACCGAUAGUGAGUGGUUCUACCUGGUUAGCCUGUGGCGAGGCCCCGGGGGAUCGUGUGCGGUCUGAUGCCGUGGCCUGAGUGCCCUGAUGGUGUAUGAUCACUCUUGGUGCGUUCUGGUACUCAUUGCCCCAGGCAGGAGACAGGCUGCUCUUGACAGCCAAGUCCCCAUGUUGUUCACAAAGCUCGUGUGUCUGGAAGCUUGCCAGGCCCCCACCGUCCUCAGGUGCCCUGGGCCCCUGCAGCCCAUAGGCUGGUACUCAUGGUAUAGGAGGGAGCACCCAGUGAGGUGUCAAGCUUGUAACCCAGAAGAGCACAAAAUAAACGUGUCCCCCCACCGAGG